AUGUCCCCAAACCCUAGCAUUUCACACCCACAAAUAUUCUUCAUCCACUUGACUCCAAGGACCUCCUACACGCGUUCCGUCUUUCCCUGGCUUAUUCCGAUUCAUUUUCCAUUGCAGGUUCAGUGUUUUAACUAACCUUAUAUAGACCAAUCCGACUGGCGAUGGCUUCCUUUAUGCAAGUGCUUCUAGUCGUGCAGCAUCCAUGAGCCUCUCCUCUCCAUAAACUCCUGCGCUCCUCCAUGACCAACACAUUGGAGCACUCUCGACGAGCCGGCGGUGAACAACUAGCAUACUGCAUGCCAGGAUUCAUUCUUCGUUUGGCUUGAAUUAACCCAAACGACACGGCCUGAAUAUCAUCUUAACCUCAUUUUGAAAUAGUGUCCUCUUGUUCAGUUUUACUGGUUCAGCAUAGCAGCAGGGAUAAAAACGAACUCCUGUUUACAGCGCGCACCACAGACUUUCUCACACCAUGUCGUUCAACAACACAAAGAUGGGCUUCUCUGUAAAGGACCUUCUGGAUCUUCCUGACACCAAUGGAGGUUCUGGAACGGAGGAGACCGAGGAUGAGAACGAGGAGGAAACUAGUGAGAUUAUGACGCAAAAUCCAUCUUUAGAAAACGCUGGAAAUGUGCCCUAUAAGAGCCUUUUGUGUGAUGGUGGUGGUAAAUCCUACUCAAAAUGGCUUGCCUCCUCCAACAGCAUCCAAUAUUCACGUUUGUCAGUUGAUUCUCGAAACGAACCCAAAUCUCCAGAGCUCUCCGCUGACGAAUCCCAAGAUAUCGACAGAGACACCGCAGUUGACAGCAGCGACUCUGGAAAGAAGAGGAAAAGGAGGGUGCUGUUUUCCAAAGCGCAAACAUAUGAACUAGAGCGACGAUUUCGACAACAGAGAUAUCUCUCUGCGCCUGAGAGGGAGCACCUUGCCAACGCACUACGACUGACACAGACCCAGGUGAAGAUCUGGUUCCAGAAUCACCGGUAUAAAAUGAAGAGAGCACGCGCUGAGAAGGGUAUGGAAAUGGUUCAUCUCGUGUCCCCAAGACGGGUGGCAAUUCCGGUUUUGAUUCGGGAUGGAAAACCGUGUGACACUAGCAAAACUCAGGAACUUGAGGCCUCGUUCAGGGCUGGAAUACCUCUCUCGGCGUAUAGCGCCUAUUCUCUCCAUCACAUGCAUAUGCGCUCUCACUACAGCCCCGACGCAUUGUCACAACUUCCCAGUCUGCAUCACUUGGCGCAAAUGUACCAAUGGACUUGGUAGAAGAUGGAUAGGCCUACUUCAAAUAACUUUGAUUCGAAAAAUAUAAACACAACUUUUCCUGAUUUGGAUUGAAAUUAUUCUCCCUAUUUUACUCACAUCAAAGUUGAUUAUGGGGUGGCCCAUGAGGUCUGGACGAUGUUACGACUCGUGAGAUUGCGUUAGUUUUAUAAUGUUUGCUAAAUGAAUGUUAUAAAUAAAUGUUGUCUGUUGUAAAGAUGCUCAUAUUAUGAAUUAAUU